AAGGCGUUUCCACGUUUCAGCUGCCGGUGACAGAGCAGCGCACAGCGGAGCGGACGCACAGAGAGCGGAAUCACGGUCAUCUUGAACCCGGCGUUUCUCUUUUAUUAUUUCCAGUGACUCACGGCCGCCUUACCACACUCUCAUGACACAGACACAAAAUCCACCACUAAUCGACUUGAAACCGCAAAAGUGAACCGAACCCACCGAGAGACUAACGGAGUGGACUUUCUUUUUCCUCUUUUUUUUUUUUUUUUUGUCCUGCAGCACGUCUGUCCUCUCCUUCAGGCCGAAACUCAAAUUUCCUACAGAGCUGCUUUUCUGUGAGAUCCAGAGGAGAUUAUCUUCCCCUGCAGACUCCCUCAUCUCUCUCCCUGUCUCUAGCUGACUCAUUUUUUUACUGCGCUCGGGGUUGAAUUUGGUAUGAAUCAUCACAGACUGGCAAGAGCAGUAACAACUAGAGAUGUUCCAAUACCAUUUUUUUCUUUCUGAUACUGAUACCUGAACUUUGCAUAUCAGCCGUCAUCUUGCAAAAACCAUGGCGGAGUACAGCUCUCUGCUCAGCGACCUGUCUGAAAACAUCACCAACGAAGACUUGGAGCAGCUCAAAUCAGCCUGCAAGGAGGACAUCCCCGAGGACCAGAGCAACAACAUCACCUCCUCCAAGGAGUGGUUCAGCUACCUGGAAAAGAACGACAAGCUGGCCCAAGAUAAUCUGAUGUACAUCGAGCACAUCUUCGAGAUUUCGCGGCGACCGGACCUGCUGACGAGGGUGAUUGAGUACCGCACCACCGUGCUCAAGAUCUCUGAGGAUGACGAGAUCGACACCAAGCUCACACGCAUCCCCUCAGCCAAGAAAUACAAAGACAUCAUCCGCCAGCCCUCUGAAGAUGAGAUCAUCAAGUUGGCCCCUCCUCCUAAAAAAGUGUGAGGUCACAACCCCCAGCCCUGAUCUUUGCACCUUGAUUCCUUCACUCCUGGCACUCCAAUCAACCGACCAAGCGUUUAUGACCAACCCCAUCACUCCCCGACCUCACCCCCCUCACACCUACAACACACACCACACACAUACACACACAACCAGCCAUGCCACCCUCCUUGCACUAACACAUGCCGUGACACAGGACCACGCAGGAAGCCACCUACAAAGCAACCAAUCAGAUCGUAGCGAUGCAACCUCUUCCCAAGCUGAGGGGAGAUGGGAAGCUGCGGGAUAAAAAAAAGACAUUAGAAGAAGAAAUCUGGAGACGGACCGACAGUGUAUGUGUGUGAGGAGAGAGGAGCCAAAGUCUACCCUCGAUUAGAUCGCUGAGUGGGUCAGUUCAGAAUGAGUGUAAUCUGUUAACACUGUUCAGUCUGUGAUGCUGUGUUUAUGCAACUGUCUGUGUGUGUGCAUGUCAGUCAAAUUAGUUAAUUAGUUAAAACAUUCACCCAAGAAGAAAAACUAAAAACCCUGCCUUCAAAACAACAACAACAACAACAACAACUAAAUGGUUUUACUUUUCAGAAGUUCUGAAAAUGUCCCAAAGCCAAUAGUUAACUAUAGAGACAAUUAAGCUGUGUACACCUUGUAUGUACAGUGAUACAUAACUAACCUAAUUCAGCAGUGCUUAAUUGUUUUGUUUUUUAAAUUGCCUUGAAUACGCAAAAUAGCCAAAAUGUCAAAACUGACAGACUUAAAAAUACUAUUUGGAGAUUAUAUGACACAUACGGAGUUUACAUGAUCAAAAACUAUUUUAACAUCAAACCUGCAGCUCAACGUGACACUUAAAAAGUAUUUAAACUAAUCUUAAUCUCACACAUAUGACUGGUUCAUUUCUAUGAGGUGUGAUCGUUUUAGUGUGUAGUUGCGUUAAUUGUUCAGCUGUAUUUGUAAUGUGAAAGGGAUAGUUCGACAUCUUGGGAAAGACGCUUGUUCGUAUUUUUGCCGUGACUUAAAUUAGAAGAUCGAUACCACAUUCAUGUCCGUCUUACUGUACGUAUGAAGCCACCAGCUAGUUAGCUUAGCUUAGCAUAAAGACUGGAAACAUAGGGAUACAGCUAGCCUGGGUAGCCUCUUUUUUUGUAGGUGUUAAAUAAAUGAGAUGUAUUGUGUUAGUUAGUGAGCUGAUAGGCAGAUUUAGUUACUUUUGGACAGAGCCAGGCUAGCAAUAUUUACCAAUUCCCAGCUAAGCUUUGUGCUAAGCUAAGCUAACUGGCUCAUUUAACCGCUUCAUAUUUAACAUACAGCACAAAUGUGAGAGUGAUAUUGAUCUUCUCUCACCAACGUCUCUGCAAAAAGGCAAACGAAAGGAUUCCCCAGAUUGUCUCACUAUUUCUUUUAAGCCCGUAUAGUGAAUUGAAAAAAUUAUAGUUAUCAAGUUAUUGUCAAAACUUUAAGUCAAACAAAAUGACAGGACAGUCACUGUUCCUCCGCUAGAGGUUCUGUAUGCAUUCCCUUUACUCUUACGCAGAUAAUUAUAUCAUGUUUUAAGAGCAAAAAAAAAAAAGUCUAAUAUUUUAGAAGAUAUUAAAAGUUGAUUUUCAUAGGAAACGCCAAUAUUUGCCUUUAGCUUAAGAGUCAUAGCAAGUUAUUUAGAGAAAAUAUUUAGAUGGGAAAGUUAUAGCAAUUAUUUCUAUACUAUGGAUGUUCCCGGUCCAUAGGUUCUCUUUUCAUGAAAGGGAUCAGAUUGCAUGAAAGUCUGUUUUAUGAGCUGGUUAGCGAUGUAAAUAAACAAAUAAUAUAUUACAAGAAAAUAUAGCAGAAAUAAUAUAUUGACCCACAGUGUGUUGUCCGUAGAGGACACAGUGGCUCUAGCAGCAAAUCUCCACCGUACAUUCAGUCUCACCAUGUCUGGUUAGGUAACUAAAAUCUUUCACCUUAAUUUUUAUCUAAUUUGAAACUAAUCAGCGUCUCUGUGACAAAUUGAGAUCAAAUACACUCACAGUACAUCUACUUUGGACUACAUUAGAGAAUACAGAAGUAUAUUUUGAAAGAGCAUAUCGGAUAUUAUAUUUACUGUGUGAAAAUGUUGUGUUGCACGACACACAGGGCGAAAAACACUAAACUUUCUUUCACCGCUUUGUUGCCAUUUCAUUUGUUGCACAGGAAAUAACUGACCAGCUUGUGACUUUUCACCGUCUGAGAGAGGACAGAAAACUAAGGCCUCUGGAAAUAAGUGCAAAUGAAAGUGAAAGAAAGCCGAGAAAAUGUCAAAGAAAGUAAGAAAGAAAGAAAAACAUGGCAUGUGAUAAUAAAACAUGUCCUAUAAUAAACUGUACAUAAAAAUAGAUUGUGACAAAGAUCUCUAAUGAACACAACCGCUCAUAACCCACUGACUAUGCCAUUCCUGCCAUGCACCAACAUAAUAGCUAGCAAGACUGUUGAAACUAAACUAUAAUAACUGCUCUUUUGAACACUGUGUCUCUUUUUUCCCCGCAUUGAAGCCUUAGCGGACUUUUGUGUUUACCCCGAAAAAUUUUUCAGAACUGUGAGAGAUUUGUGUGUGAAGCGGAGACAGACGCCGGCACACACGUCAACUUAAUCAGAAAAAAGAAAAAAAUACACAGGGCUCUCACUUUUUAAAGAGAGUGAUGCUACUUUUAUUCUGAAAUUUGCUAAGGACUUCAGUGUUGGUGUGUACAGAAUGUCUGUGGGUCUAUUUCUGCCCCCAUCUUUGUUGUUAUCAAAGCUGUAGGAUCAAACAAAUGAACCAACAUCAUAAAAAUCUAUCAGUUUAUGAUUAGUCGUUUCUCCCCUCCCUCCCUCCCUCCCUCCUCUCCCUCACCACCAAACUCCACUCCAACCCCUGUGCCAACGACCAAGACUUUUAUUUCGAUCACAGUUUCCGUGAUCUGUUUUUUUUGUUGUUGUUUUUCUUUUGUAUUGCUCGCCGUAUAUUGUAGUGUUGGACUGAUUUGUAUCCUAUGCAUUUAUGUCUGUAGGAAAACUCUGCACUGUAACAUAUCCUCCCAACAAAUCACUUAAUCUAAAGAACGGAACUCUUUAGUUGUGACAAGAUCCUGAUAUUCUUGUGUUGAGUGGCACAUAAUAAGGAGGAACUGAACGUUUGUAGUUUCAGGAAAGAAAAUAAAUGAUUGUUAAUCAGUGUUCAUUGUUUCAAACUAGAAAAAAAAAAACUUCUUAGACCAAUUAUACUGUAAAACUCACAUUUUACUAUUUUGCAAAGUAUUCAAACAUUCAAUAGUCCUUGUAUGCCUGCAUUUGUAUGGCAAGGUUAAAUAGUUGAAAACAGUGGACGAUGUUAAUUUGCGUAAUAUUCUAGUUAAUCUAGGCCAGAUCAAGCUUUUUAUAGUAUUGUUAAAGGAGUAUUCCACCCUUAAAUACUUAAACGCUGUAAACCAAAAUUCAAAUUUAGCCACACAACAUGCUUAGUUUAAGAGACACAGCUCUCACUACCACUAUCACUCUUUUCAGCUACAUGUAAAUCUUUUUUGGGAUGUUUUCAAAAGACAUACCAAAAACAGCAUAGUAUAACACUGCGUCAUAAACUAUAUUCCAGUAUACGCACUGAUCUUUUAGAGUUUAUAACAUUGUUAGAGUAUUUCUGGGUGGAUUUUUCCUUCAGCAUCCAGACUAGCCCUCCCUAGGCCUGACCCCAAGUGAAGCGGUAACUGCCCUCCUACAGCUUGAGCCUAGUGAACACAAAGCGGGACCAUUGCAUUUAUCCCAAAGUUGAACUGAGAGCAUUUUGUCAGCCAGAGGGAGGCAGUUGUACUAACUGCUAUGACCUGUGGGUAAUGGUCUUCCCCAGCAUUAAAAUGGGUGUGAUUAUCGGCCAUAAAUGUUAGAUUGCCACUCAACAUUUUCAGUGAAGAGUUUUGGUUAUUCAAACCAAAAGGCAGGUUUUUUUUCUUUCCAGAUCUCAGCAUGUGUUUCCAUUAUUGUACAAAAAUAUCAGCAAGGGAGGAUUUAGGCCAUUGUAUUUUAUUUUAUUAUUUCUUUUCUUCUCUUUUUAUUUAAAGUGCUUUUUGAAUAGCAACUUGUGAAGUUAGAUGUACGUGAACAAGUGACUUUUAUUCUUUUCUUGCUCUCAGAAUUUCAGUAGGCAAUGGACUCAUGUUAACAAUCGUGUGGUAGUUUGUCAGUAGUUUGUCCAUGCAAUAUCCGUAAACAUCAAAAAAGAAAAAAAAUCCAACUGCGUGAUGCUCAAAAUGCUCCUGCAGCAGUUCCUGUUCGCAAUGUAUUCACUGGAGGGGUUAAAGUUUCUGUCAGCAUCAACGUGGCUGUGCCGCACCCUUUCCCAUUUUUUAAAAUGUUUUUCACAUACACGUCCUGUUUCCGACUCCCCAUCAACGUUACCAUGGUAACCGUGGCACAGCCCCUCUAACUUCAUCACCAGGCAGAUUAUGUGUUUGCCGUUGCUUAGCGUUUUCCUUUGUAGCCAAUCGGCACAUAAUAUAUCAACAUAUCAGUCACAAAUGAUGUCAGAUUUGGAUUUCCAUGUACAAGGUACAUAUCAACUUAGAAAAUGCUGCAAAAGUAUAAACCUACUAAAAUAUAUAUGUAUUUAUGGUGAAUACCUGAUCAUAACCAAUACAUGAGUAGGCUAUUUGAUGAAGUAGGAAACGAAGAGGGCAAUAUGUGCGAAGGUAUUUAGCAUGUAAUGCUAACAGUCAAUUAAAAUUAAUUCAAACAAGAGUAUCAUUUUCCCUUAAGGAUAAGACUGUAUUUUGUCUUUUGUUUAGAUUUUUUUUUCUUUUCAUUCAAUUAGGUUGUAAAUAUGUAUUUUGAAUAUAUAUCACUGUGUUUGUUUUGAAAUUGAUUAAUUUAUUUAAUGCCUAUAUAUUGUUGUUUUUACGUAUCCCGAUUUUGUUUUACUAACUGGAAACAAAUCAAGGGGGUGAAAACGUGACGCUUAACGUUCUAACGUUAAGCAGACCAUGCAUCAACACUUUUAUAAUUCAUGUUAUUCUCUUCAUUUAUGUUUUGCUGUUUCGGCUUUGGGUGAUGAUUUUCCGAAAAGAAAAAAAAAAAGUGGUAUUCAUUUCAUUGUAUUUACUGAUAUGUAACAUAUUAUGUUUUACUGUGUCGUAUUUGAUCAGAUGUGUCGUGGUCACUGCUUGUAAAAUGAUUUUAUUCAGAGAGUUUCCAAAUCAUGACAAAAGACAAAAGCAGUCACAAAGUCAGAAUCUGCCAUUUUGUUCGUAUGAGACAUGUUGUCACUUGCACAUUCAACCAAGAGCAGGAAGAUUUAGCGUCUUAAAAUGUUGGGCUAGGUGCAUGUAGAAAGUUCAUGAAAUCUUGACACCUGAUUUGUAGAUUAUAGUCUUAUAAGAACAACUGAAACGGUUUUAGUAUCAUCUCAGUUCAGUUCUUUUAUUAGCAGAUCUUAAGCAGUGUGUUUUUUCAUUCUACUUACAAAAUAAAUAACCAAUUGGGUAUAAAAAGCAGACAACUGACAACCGUCAUCUGAACAAUAAACAGUCAAGUUUUGUAUGGCACCACAAAGUGUUCAAUAUUAAAUAAAUGAAUACAUUAGUAUAAAAUAAAUAGUCAAUGGAAUAAAUUGUGUAAAAUAUUCAAUUGAGCAGUUGUUGUUGAAGAAACUAGCUCAACAACACUGCUACCAAAUUUAGUUAGAGCAGUUCAUAGACAGCGUAACUAACAUUUUAUUUAGGCUGCAAAUGCUUCGUUUCCUGGCAGCUAACUAGCUAGAAGAGCAAAAGACACAGUCUGUGGUCGACGAGCUCGCUAAUAUAGGUAGGUAGCCUGCUGGGGCCAAGUGAUUGGCUGAAAGGGCCUUUUGAAAAAAACAUAUAUAUUCAUGAAAUAGAAAUGAACUUUUUGUUAAUUAAAGUGAAAAUAAGAUGAAUGAAUCAUGAACUUGAACUAAUUUCUUAAAUGGCUUCACAAUUUAUUGCUUCAUUUAUAUAUUUUACACAACGUUUUCCUACUAUUUAUUUCAUAAUUCACUGUUUAAUAUCCAACGCUUGAGGCUCCAUAGUUUUAUUUGCUAUUUUCAUUUAUAAAGUAAGCUGUCAGUGUAUGGUUAAAGGGCGCGUGGAUGAAGUGAUAGAGUGAAGAGGUAACUAUAUGGGUAUCAGUGCUGGGUAGAGUAUAGUGUAAGUAGUGAGGAAUAGGUUUGGGGUUUUUAGCUGUUAAAGAUAAAGAAGUAGAGGUGUGAGCCGAGAGAAAUAUGCAGGUUCGUACUUUGGGAAACAUCUCUGGUGUGUGUGUUGUACAAGAUGACACACCUCUGCAUCUAGUUAGUAUCAUUUUGAAUGUGGCAGGUAUUGCACAAGAAUGCUGUACAAUGGUGAGAUUCAUCAUUAAGGUGCGUUAAUGUCAGGAAUGUUGAAUGUCUGGUUGUGAAGUUGUGCAGCAGGGUUUAUUGUUUCUUUUACAUCUUUUCACAGAUAAGAUCACAUUAAGUUGGGAGUUCCUGAAUAUUGUGCACACCUGUUUUAACAACACCUACUUACUUUUCGCUAGAGCUGCACAACAAAAAAUGUUUUUCUUUUCAUUUUGACGAAUAAAGUUUACAUUUCAUGCACAAAAGAAAAGCAAGCUUUCACAUUGUAGGUAAAAGUGCCAACUCGAUUCAGUUGCAAACUGCUGCGGUGGAUGGACUUGAAAUCAUGACGUGCUUGACAUUUAGAAAUGUCUCAUGAUGUUAGUGAACAAUCUUAUUAUUUCAGAUGGUCACAUAAAGGUGUAUGGCUUGAUCAGAGAUUUUCUGAAGUGUGUGUGUGAGUGUGUGUGUUUCAGUAGUGGACAAUAGAGGAUAUUUUGAAGUGUUGUGUUGUCAACACUAAUCAGAUUUUUGUAACUGGAAUUUUAACAUAAGGCUGAAAAACAUUCCUGUGGUGUGGUUUAGGUUUUAUAGGCAUCUAACAAUUUAGAUCUCAGCACGAAGGAGUUGUAGGUUAGAGGAGGUUUUUGCAGAGGUGUCAGACAGGACUUGAACAGCCUAAUAAUGUGUUAGUAUUAUACAAAAGCUCUACAUAACCUUUUGAAGGUGGACACAUUCGUGAUGUUUGGCUGAGAUUUUUCCCAAAAUGCAUUUUCAGGCUUUUGAAUUAAAAUUCAUUUUCAGCUGCCGACUUGACUUUUGACAGUUUUGUUCCAUUAGUGCAGAUGAGCAGCAUUCAGAACAAGCUUGAAGAACAUCAGCAAACGUCACCAUUUCAAACUAAACCUUUUGAUUUCAGUACUUGAUGAACUUGAUUCUAAGGCACUGAGAGUUGCCCCGUGUGCCACUGCCUUGAGAGUGAGUCAGUGAGAUGUUUUCUCUUGUAUUCUGCUUGUUGUUUUGUGGCGUGCUUCAUCCUAAAAUGGUGUAACAAGUGACAAGUGUGGGUUUUUUUUUAUUUUAUUUCACAGAGUCCAUCAUAUUAGUCAACACUUAUUGCUCUUAAACAAAUGUGAUCAUUUAGACACAAGGCUGUGAAACAAUGUGCACAGGGUUGGAUUUGGUUUGGGACAAUGAGUGAUCAGUUCUGUCCCAGUGACGAAGAAACUGACAUGGUUUUUGAGGGCGUGACACUGUGCUUAACAAUGCAGAGAAGAGUGUCAUUACAUCCAUUUUUACAUUAUUGCAUACAGCUCAUAACGUAACCCUGUUGGAUGCCAUGGGCUCAAUGCUGUUAGAAACUUUUGCUAAGGUUUUCCUCUCAUGGGCCAAGAAGUACUUCAGGAUUUAUUUUGCAAUGACUGCAACAAAAUAUGAUAUGAGGUAUUAUUCAAACAAAUAUAAAGGUGUGGCUUUUUGUCAUGAUUUAAAUGAGACUGAACUGAAAUUAUGCCAUUUUGUCAUUGUGCUAAAAUGAUAUAAAUAUUAUAUAUUAAAAUAUAUUUGCUAACCUA